AUGUCUUUUCUGACGAAAGUUUGCUCUACAACAGUGGCUGCCGCCGCUCUUCGAUCAGUCCGGUAUCUCUCGAGUCAGCCAAAUACUACAACCUUUCGUGAUUUCACCCUGGCGCGUGAUGUGUUCACGGCGGAAGAACAGAAGGCGCUCCUAGCAGCGUCGUUGCAAAAGCUGGACACGAUGGACCCUCCUUCUCUAAGGAGGAAACGCAAGCGAUUUAUCUCUCUCGCACAACCGCCGGACAUUGCAGAGCGUGAUAUCACGGACAUAUUCGCGCCCGACAUUUACUAUCCGUUUGAGGAGGGUCACUUUGAUCGAGUUAUUCGACGUUACCGAGAGAUGCACGUUUCUUCGUGGCCGGAAGCCGACGCUCUCGGUGUUACCCCUCUGCUCACCCGACUGCGGACGCUUUUCCCGAUGUCAGAUACGCAGAUGCAUUUGCUCCAUCUAGCCUCUGAUGGGGAGAUCCUCCCGCAUGUGGACAACGUAGAAGCCAGUGGUUCAUGGAUACUUGGCGUUAGCUUAGGAUCAACUAGAACCCUGCGUUUGGAACGUGUGGACGAUCCUAGCGAUGCUUACCAGGUUGCUUUGCCAUCCGGGAGUGUAUAUCUCCAGGGACCACAUGUCCGUUAUCGGUAUAAUCACGCAAUCCUACCAAUGAUAUUUGGAGAAGGUACCCGAUCCUCCCAUGGACAACGCAUGAGCAUCAUGAUUAGAGAACUCUUCUGA